AAAAUGAAAUUGAAAAUGAUACAGAAAGUGAUAAUUCAAAUUCUAUUAAGUCUAAAGAUGAGAAAAGCAAUUCAGAAUCAGAAUCUGAAAAUGAUAGUAAUAAUGAUAAGGAUGUUUUGGAUGAAAUCCUUGUAAUGAUGAGAGACUCAUUAGUUAAAACUAAAUUGAAU